UCAGUAGUAGACGCUUACGGACGCGACCGCCGCAGCGAGGCCCGCCGCGAGGCCCGGCGCGAGGCCCGCCCCGGCCCCUUUCUCUUCUGGGGGUUGGCAGGCCUUUGUCCAGACCGAAAAGGCGCCGCCGCACGAAUCGUACUCCAUUCCCUCCUCGCGGUCGAUCUCGUCCUGGGUUCGCCCGGGCUGGGAGGCGAGGGUCGGGUUGCGGAACGCCUUGUUCGUUUUCAGGUCCUUGGGGCAUUUGCAGGCCAUCUCGCACUCGUCCUUGAGCUCCACGUAGACCUUGGUGUUCCGGCAGCCCGUGGCCUCGAGGCACGCGAACGCGUCCGGGUACGCGUACGUGUUGUACUGGCGUUUCCGCGCGCAGCACCGCCGGUUGUCCCGCUGGCGUUCGUACUCCGCGGCGAGCAGGAGGUUGGCCUCCUCCUGCUGCGUGGCGUCCUGGUACGGCUGCGCGCCGGGCAGUGCGACGUGCGCGGCCCCCUGGAACACGCCCGCCUGGGGCGACGUGGCCGCGCGGUACCUGUAUUCGGUGCCGUCGACGUCCUCGCGCGGGUACCGCCGGAUGACGGGGUCCUCGCCGUCCAGGAGCGUCUCCGGGUCGCGGCGCGCGUGGGGCCACGUCUGCUGGAAGGAGUCCUCGAUCCACGGCUCGGAGUACGCCGUGCCCCGGUCCGGCUGGCUUGCGACGGCGCCGAGGUCGCAGCCCACGGGCACGUUCAGGCUCACGUUCGCGCGCAUGUCGGCCACGCACUGGAGCGCGUCCGCGAGCGCGCAGCCCGUGCACGACUGGAAGUACGGCACCGGGCCGCCGCCGCUCAGCAUGCAGGUCGCGCCCGCCCCGUCGAAGAGGCGCCGCGCGACCUCGAGGUAGCCCAUGUCCGCGACGCGCCGCAGGCCGUAGUAGCCCGCCUUCGGCGCCAGGUCGUCGCCGUGCUCCCUGACGUAGGCGUCGUACUCGUCCUCGAGGCGCCGCCGGCGGGUGUCGCCGCGCAGCGGCCAGGCGGCCGCCGCCGCCGCGAGGGCGAGCCAGCGGCCCAUCAAUCCGCCGGCGGGGGCAGCCUCCUUUUACCUAGCUACUCGGGUAUUGGGGCGCUUGCCCAGCUUGCCGGGGGGUCCGUUGUUGUCCACAGGCAG